AUGGCAUCGACAUCUCGAAGUCGCCGAGAUGACCAUAACGCCAGUCGCAGAGCUCGCGAGCUCUAUCGCUACUUUCAACCUGAACGUCUCCCUCAGUUAGACACUUUCAGUGUGAACAAUGCUCCGAUCGCCGAUGAUUUUCUCCCGCCAGCCACGGCGCAAGCCCUUGAUGCCUCGAUCCGUGUGCCCUCCCCCUUACCGCCGCCCCCACCACAAUUAUCACCACCACUGGCGACCACCGGGGAAGAUUCUCCGUUAUCGCCGGUGGUCCCUGAUACUCUGGUUCUAGGCCAGAACAAUGCUACUUUGACAUCCUUUGCUCAGCUUGCAGCACUGCGUCUAAAUGUGGAGCGUGUGAUAAUCAGUGUAUCCGAUCGAGAUUCGCAGUUCAUUCUCGCCCAAGCAAGUCAGUCCCCGGUUGGUAGUGAUGUCCGUGCUUAUGAGGCUGAGGGAGAUGGGAUCUGGGAUGGUUGCUUUACCCUGCCGUCCUGUGCUUGGGGAAUGUGCGAGGCUACGGUAGCACUUCCACCGUCUUCGAGAGAUCCCAAAGAAUACAGUUUCCUUGUGGUCAAUGACCUGCAGGAGAGCGAGUCUUACAAGAACAUCCCUUUCGUCACCGACGGACCUCGUUUUCGAUUUUACGCCGGGACGCCUCUAACGACAGAAACGAAAAUCAAUAUUGGGUGUUUCUUUGCGCUGGAUACCAAGCCUCGCGAUAGCUUUUCUGACCUUGAGAAGGAGAUUUUUGGCUCGUUGGGAAUGCUUAUCAUGGACUAUCUACAGGUGAGCCGGCAGGCCUCGGAAGGAAGACGUGCAGCUCGAUUGUCCCGGGGUCUGAGUUAUUUCGUAGAGGGCAGUUCUAGCUUUGUCGACCCUCAUCCCUCGUGUUCAGCCAGUUCUGCCCCUACGCUCAGUACUCCCGCGUCGUCCAGUACGAGGGCCCAUCACCUCUCGGGCGGGUCCUCUCAGAGUUUCGAACUUCCCUCCAAACGCUCUCACAGCAUCGAUGCGCGCUCCAGCAGCUCGGUAUCAGACUCAAAAGCCGACAACGGCGACCAAAACAAUUCUUCCCGGCCGGACACACCACUCCCGGAUUGGUGGGCGGGAAGCCGAACGGAGGGGCUGAAGUUAGACGAAUCACAUAGCAGCUCCUGGGCGUUUCGAAGAGCCGCUAAUCUUCUCCGCGAAAGUCUCGAGUUGGAUGCCGAUGGUGGUGUCAUAUUCUUGGAGGUCAAUAAUAGCCACAUGCUGGAUUUCAAGACCGGAACUGAUUGCUGGGGCGAGACCGGUCCCGCGGCUCCUGUAUUAGCUGUCUCCACAAGAGACGAACCUUUUGCCCCAGGGCCGGGCUCGACAGUGCUGUAUCCUGCUGCAAAUCUCGACAGCGGGUUUCUGCACCAGCUGCUACGUCGAUACACUAAGGGCAAGCUUUGGUCCUUUUGUCGAGAUGGGAUUCUCUCUAGCUCCGAUGACGAAAAGCCGAACGGAAUCCGCAGCAUGAAACCCACCGAGCCGCCUCGGGGCAAUGGCAAGAAGUGGAAACAAACGGAAAACGCCAUGUUGAAUCUCUUCUUUCCGAACGCGACUCAGGUCAUGUUUGUUCCUUUGUGGAACGCUGCCAAUUCCCAGUGGUUUGCGGGUUGCUUUUGUUGGAACACAAUAGAGACGCGUGUCUUCAGCCCUUCUGUCGAGCUGAGUUCGGUUCUGGGCUUCGGAUCAUCCAUCAUGGCAGAGUGCAACCGGGUCCAGUCCCUGAUCUCCGAUCGGCAGAAGGGCGAUUUUAUUGGAAGUAUCUCACAUGAACUUCGCAGUCCUCUCCACGGCAUUUUGGCGGCCACCGAGUUUUUGCACGGCACAGACCUCGAUGAAUUCCAACUGUCUCUGCUUGAGACGAUCAACGCGUGCGGUCGAACACUGUUGGAUACAAUGAAUCAAGUCCUAGACUUCAGCAAGAUUGUUUCCCUCGAGAGGACUUGGCGUCACCUCAAGAGGAACAAGACCUCACCUGCGGAAUUGACGAGCAUGGACAAGAUCUCUGCGCAUCUGGACACAUUUAUCACGACAGAUCUUGCCGUCCUGGCUGAGGAGGUCGUGGAGGGCGUGUGUUUAGGCCAUACAUACGGACAGAAGUCGAUGGCUUCCUGUGACCAGUCUGUCCUUUUACCGAACUCGGCUGCCACACUCUCACUUGCGCGGCGGAAGCCCAAGCCGGAUACUUCAGCGGAGGUAGAAGUAGUGAUGGAUAUCGAGCAGAACAACUGGGUGUAUCAGACUCAACCGGGUGCGUUGCGGCGCAUUAUCAUGAACGUCUUUGGCAAUGCCAUGAAGUACACCGAGGCGGGCAGGGUCUCGGUGCACUUGGAGGUCACCGAGGCGUCCGAGAGCCGGUUACGCCGACAUGGUGUGGAAGAACUUGUGACCUUGACCGUUUCAGAUACGGGCAAAGGCAUCUCGGAAGCGUUCUUACGGGGGCGUUUAUUCACACCAUUCGCCCAAGAGGAUACUUUGGCGGUGGGAACUGGGCUGGGCCUAUCGAUCGUUCGAAGUCUCGUCAAAGCGUUGAACGGGACUAUCAACGUCCACAGCCGGCCCGGUGAAGGCACGACGGUCAAGGUAUCUCUUCCUUUAACACGCCCGGAUCCAGAGGACAGUCUCGAGGACAGCCUGACUUCACCGUCCGUUCCGUCGAGACAGGACGACACAAUGAACGAGGCCUGUUCACUGCGCGACAGCCAUGGCGGCAGACGCGUUGCCAUUCUUGGUAUCGAGCCUGCUGAUGCCCUCGAACAUCGCUUCUGGUCCAUCAUUGCGCGCUACCUGACGGACUGGUACGGUCUGGAGCUGGUGUCCUCGGCGUCGCAAGAGUCCAUCGACGUGCUUUUGGCAGACGAGGAUAGCUUGGCGAGCAUCUCAAAGGAGGCUGUCACUGGCAUUCUCCCUUCGCUCUUGAUCCUCUGCAACAAGUCAGUUGAUUACAGCGCUAUCCGGGCCGAGUGGUCACCGAUUGCCGCUUUUGUGGGCAUCAUCCGUCGCCCGUGCGGUCCGCACAAGCUUGCCCGUUGCAUUAGGAAAUGCCUUGAUAAUGGACCACGUGGGGGCGUCACGUUGCCGCCGCGCAUUGAACUUCCCGAACGACCCCGGAUGAGUAAUGGCAGCAUCCCUUCGCCGUGCGCGGACUUGACCGAGGCAGAUCCGCUUGCUGCGACCGGUGAUCUUACUCCCGCCACCUCGUUUAUGCCUGGGACCCUUUCCUCCUCCGAGGAUUCGGGCCAGUCACAAAGUUCGUCCGAUAUUGCCGACGCACCUCAUGGCAGCGAUACCUCCAUGUCGCCACUGCCCACACCGUCGGAGACGGCGUGCAAGCGCGUCGAGCGCAAGGCACGCAUCCUUGUAGUGGACGAUAAUUCGAUCAAUCUGAAUUUGAUGUUGACGUUUAUGAAGAAACGGGAUUUGGAGGUUCUGGAUUCUGCAGAGAAUGGCAAAUUGGCCGUGGACGCGGUGGAAAGGAUGCAGCAGGGUUACGACCUUAUUUUCAUGGAUAUCUCUAUGCCGGUUAUGAACGGCUUCGAAGCCACGCGCGCCAUCCGCGCACUGGAGAGAGAGCGCGAUGGGUGUGGACCGGCCACGAUCAUUGCACUGACGGGACUGAGCAGUUCGCGUGACGAAUCGGAGGCCUUCACGUCCGGAGUGGACUUGUUUCUGACGAAACCGGUGUCGUUCAAAGAGGUCUCCAGACUGUUGGAUGAAUGGGCGGAACGGGGUCUGCGGGAUAGAAAGUACCUGUCCCCGUCCCCGUCCCCGUCUGCUUCAUAA